AUGGAGAACGUUUCUGAACCGACGGGAGAAACUCUAACUAGCGGUAAGACUGUACAACUUGCAAAUGAAAAUGUUGAAACGCCUGUUGUGGUUAUCAACGACAUGCCUAACAUUGCGACUGAUGUCAUCGUCGCAAGCCAAGGAUCUCGUCAUCCCAAUAUUCCGCUGGAUGUUGCAGCGUUGGAAGCAGAGCUUCAAUCUCUUCAAAAACAAAGACGGUACUUAACUCUUCAAAGGCAGAUAUCUGCAGAAAGAAAAGCCGUAAAUGAUCUUGAAAAAGAUGAAGAAACCGUGCCUACCAAUAUUAUUACGGAACCUCGUGCAGUCGAGAACGGAUUUGAAUUCACUGCCUCAAGUACAGCACCAGUCUCAGGUGGGGUUCCCCGAGAAUGGGGCUUGAACCGGCUAUAUUCUACAGUGGAACGUUUGAAAGGCAAGGGAUGGGCUAACACUACUCGCAAAACUUAUCAAACACACUGGAAGACUUUUAAGGACUUUUGUAGGCAAUAUGCUCUUCCAGUGUUUCCUGUCAAAAAUGCUACUAUAGAAAUGUAUAUAGCUUAUCUUGUUGAUGUCAAACACUUUACUUAUAGCAGUAUUAGAUCUUAUUUGAAUAUUAUUUCAUUGUUAUAUAAGUCGAACAAUUUAACCGAUCCUAUUCAGAGCUGGACUGUUCAACAUUUAUUGACUGGAGUCAAGCGAGAACUAGGGGCAGGUUAA